GUAUGUAUGCGUGGGUACUGAGGAUAAAGUUAUGGCGCCUGCUUAUUUGUGAGUGCUGUAGAAGUCAAAGUGCGCAACGAGCGUUUCCUUCUGAUCCAUUCGUGUCUCUUCGGAGGGAUCGACUUGAUUUUGCGACCCUUCGAUGCCUUUAGAAGACCACUUCAAUUCCAGAAGAUUCCUCCUUCAUCAGUUCGAACACAAUUUCGAGUACAACGAAGUUCCUGUAACGUGUAAUUAACUUUGAUUUUUUCAAGAAGGCGUCCCUAACGGGAGUUCCUUCUCGAGGGCUGAAAUCGGUCCUUCGGGUAGCUGAACGUCUUCGGGAUAAUUCCGGAGAAAAUGGCCAGUGAUCUGUCCAGUGGUUGCACAGAGGCCAUCGAGAUAUUGGACGAGAAGGAAGAGGGCGAGAUCUCGCUGGACGACGUCAGCUCCUGGGAAGAGUCGCAGCUUAAUUAUGCAUACAAUCUUCAAAAAGCUGGACAGUGUCCCUGCUGCCUUUCGUGGCAACAUUGUGCACCUUGGUGCACGUUAACUGGCAAUUCAAAGAAAUUUAAGAGGCGAAAGAGGAGAGAUGCUGUGCAAGAGAAGGAGAACCGCCAUCAUACCAGGGAAUCUGGCUACCCUGGAAGCAAGCAUGCGGGUUCGACGUUGCAAGAGAAAAACGAGGGUCUCGUACCAAUCUCGAGUGACAGCGACAUGGACCUCGGGGACUGCGACGAUUCCACCGAUUUGGAGCGCAUGAAACAAACGCGAGAAAGCCUGCUCUUAAGACUAAGUAAAAAGCGCAAAAAAAAGAAACGGAAACGUAUCCAUGGCUCCAUCGGUGCUCAGAAUGAACACGUACCACCAUCCUCCUUUGUCACAUCAUCGGGAUGCUUUGUCUCUGCUGCAUGUUCACCAAUACCUGCACAAGACGACACCGAAUCGCUACUAAUACCCGUAGAAUCAAGUCCUCCACAUCUAAAUGAAUGCCUUAGUAAACCCAAAGUUUCCAGGUCUCCACCGAGAAAGUAUAAAUCUCCAAUUAGAUACCAAUCACCUAUUCGUAGACCAAGAUCACCUAUUUCUUUGACUACAAGGUCACCAGAUCCUAGAAGAAUUACUCGAUCGCUCAGGGGCACGAGAAGAUCUCCUCGAAGAUCUCCCAUAAGGUCACCUCAUCGGCGAUCUCCUAUAAGAUCACCUCAUCGGCGAUCUCCCAUAAGAUCACAACAUCGUCGAUCCCCAGUAAGAUCACCUCCUCGAAAAGUGGCCAGAAAUACAUCACCUUCUCGAGGUUACAGUAACAGAAGUCACGGAACAGUGGCAAAGCUUCUAAAAAAGGUACGACAUUUGGAAACGGUUGGGUCUCAACCUUUGAGUAAGUUUAAAGGAGGUAAAAAGUAUGGGCCAUCUUUGAAGCAGAAAUUAAACAUAGUGAAGGAAUCAAGUGCUGCAGGUAGUGAAACAAAAGCAAGCGAGAAAAAUAGUUCAAAUAAUAAUACUAAUAAUGAUGCCGAUGACGAGGAAGAUAUAGCUUUGCUCAGAAAAAUCGCUUUAGAAACGAAGUCGCAGAGGAGAACUAAGAGGAAUGCAAUUCCUUCAAAAAGUGAGGCUGAAAUCCAGCCUUCCUGUGUAAUCGAUCUGGAAGAUAGCGAUUACGAAGACUUAGAGUUGAGAAGAAUUGCCCUGAAGUCAGCGGUUCUUAGGAAAAGGGAAGAUGGAGUCCAAACGGAGAAGUCUUAUCUCGUAGAAUUAACAAAUCUUUCCAAACAUCCUUGUAGUCAAAGCUUUUUAGACAGUAUUCCAAUUCCUGGGGAAGAAGACAAACCGGAAACACCACCACCGCCUGUGAUAACUACCAAUGAGAAUAAUUAUACCGAAGACAUGGAUCUUGACACUGAUGUAGAGCGCGAAAAGGAGAGGCUACCAUAUUCUCCGACCGAUGACGUUUCUAAUGAAAUUAUGGUGGAAACGGAAUUACUAGGCAUUCAAAGAUCAGAUGUUUCCUUCAUGGGAGCUGAUCGAACACCAGCUGCAUCCAACAAUUGCAGUCCCGUGUACAGUAGCAUCAAUAAUGACCGAAUUCGCCUCCCAAGGAAAGAGACGCUUAGCAGUAAAGAUGAAUUAUCUUUGGAGUACUUUAACUCCAUGAAAAACCUUUCUUAUUUACCACCGAUGGAUGGGCCUUACUCCCCAUCGCAUCCUACGGACACUCCGCGGAUUGAUUAUUAUUCCAGAAACGUCAUUCAAUGCGUUACAACUGUCCAAACGGAAAGGAUAUCCCUAGGAACGAAUCUAGUUAUCCCCAGUCAGGAAAGACCUUACUCUCCUACAGAUACUCCGAUUUAUGAUCCGGAACUAGAUCUUUCUAAAUUGAAACCACACGAGCCUGAUCUAAGCACGCCAAAGUCUAGCUACGUUCCCGAAGUGACAAUGUGCUCGAAGCGAUUAGUACUUGAACAAUGCGCCUUACAGAAUGCGGGAUUUCAAACAAAAUCCAACAAUCAAUCCACUAGGUCCGAAUUGUACGAUCCAGAAUUGGCUCUCUCCCAUUCUGACAUGUACAAUGUGGAGUCUGAAGCGAUAUUGUCUCCGUCCAAGUCAUAUGAUCCGGAUUCUUUCCAGCGAAGCUUAGUAAAUGAAUCUGAAAACAAUGUACUUCCUACAAAUGAUACCGCAACUAGUUGCUCGGUGACGAGCAACAUGAUGGCGAAUUGUUCAGAAAGUAAUCUCGAUCGAAACAAUGUUUGUGGAGCUUGCGAUAAAGCCGAUAAAUCGGAAGUAUCUCCAUCUCUGCAGUAUGCUUCCUUAUCACCCAGGGGAAGUACCGUGUCAUUAACCAGCUCCGUAGCUAGCUUUGACUUUGAUCCAGAUAUUGACCCUGGCAGUCUGUCUAAAGGACAAUCUUCCCAGAAUGUUCAAAGCUCGGAGUCCCUCGAUGAAAUCGCCCGUGACAUAGAAAGGAUUGUCCAGGAGCCGCUUUAUUUAAAAGGUAUACACAUAACUAAAGAUCCUAAUAAGAUUCCUACCUUGGUUAACAGAACGCUGGUUCCUGUCUCUAUAUUGAAGAACAAUAAACAGUUGCAACAACCUCUUCCUCCUAAAAAGUUGGAGGAGCAAAAGCGAAUCGAGCCGGCAUUCAAGAGUGCCGAUAUGCAGCCGGUGGAAAUUGAUGCAGACUUGUCGAAAAGCAACGGGAACUUUAAGCCGAUCAAACUGUGUUCCUUUGCAAAGAAGCAACAAUUUCAGAAGUCCGCUUCCGUUGCCCUUAAUGUUCCUCCCACUGAAGGCGAUCCGGAAUCGCCUAGAAACAAGAAUAGAACUCAGGAAAGUAGUGAAAAGGACGUACAUCGCUUGUUGGAUGCUCAAAGCAAUGUUGCUAUACAUGAGCGAAUCGAAGAAGGAGAAAAGACGAAGAAUUUGAACGAUAAGAAGAAAAGGAAACGCUCAACUGAAGAGGAACGCAGUAAAAAGCAUUCCGAAAGGUCUAGACAAAACAGUCCCGAUGAAGUGACUAGGAAUAAUGUAAACUGUAAUGAAAAGGGACUUUCUUCGGAUGUUUCUUCCUUUCACAAUUAUUGCCAGGUUCGGGAGAUUGCGGGGAGACAAUCAAAGCCUGACGAUCGAACAGAAGAUAAUAAAGAAUUACGUGAUGUUCCAUCGGAAAAAGAAAAUAACAAAGUAAGUUUACAGAUUAGUGACAAUAACAAGCUUAAUGACGACGUUGGGAAACGGAAAGGCGACUCGGAUAGAAAUCCUAAGGAACAAGAGCUUGCUAUCAAAUCUACUACAGAUAAUGUUAAAAGUGUUGCGAAACAAAUAAAGGAAAGUAUCAAUGAGAAAGGAGAAACGAGGGAAGGAAACGCCGCAAAUCAGCCAAGUCAGAAUAUGCCGUCGUUCGAGAAAAGUAGUGAAAAAAUGGCCGACAGUGUAAGUACUUUUGCUCAAACAGACAAAGUUGUUCUAAAUAAUAGGAAGACUAUUGAUAAGAGCGGAAAUUCUGGAAAGAACCUAAUCGAUGAGAAGCCAGAUGAACGGGCAAGACGUCCUAGCAUCGAUGAAGACGAAGAAGAACUUCGAGCGCUCUUGUUAGCAUCCAUGGCCAAGCGGGCAAAAACAGAAGUUUCAACGUCAGCAACAACAAAGAGCACGGCAACAACAAGUUCUACGGCUAUUUCGAGAAAUGCAGUAACUACGACGACUGUUACGAUUCCUGUAGCUACUGUGUCGACAGUUUCAGGAGCUGCGAGGGUAAGUACGCAGUCCGUAACUACAUUUCCAACGACUGCAGCAUCUACAGGAACAACAAAUGUAGCAGCACGAGCUACGGUGUCUUCCGCGCCUGAAAUUAUCACCAAGGAAAUGAAUUAUGCAGCUGGUGCAUAUUCCAAAACUGCAGUUGCCACUAAACAGGGUGACCGUGGUGAUGGCAAAGGACAAAAGCUUCCUGCGAACUCCUCGGCGAGUCGAGUAGCAUCAGAAGUUAGAUUUAACUCACAGCCUGGAAAACGUGUAAAUUGUCCUGCAACGGCUAAUACUGCGCCACAAGGUGCAGUAGCAAAUGCACCAUUGGGUGCAUUGAGCAUAGGUAAUUCUGUCCCUGGAUCGGUGGUACCGACAACAAAGAGCGAAGGUCUGAUUUCUGCGAGGAGGAAACCAUCGGUCUUUGUUCCUAAGGCAACUGCGAGGAAAAUCGUAAAGAAAACUCCUAUCCCUGCCAGCACUAGAGUGGUGAACAACGCUAAAAGGUACCAGAACGUUUUGAACCAGAAAAAGAUGAAUCUGCUAGACGCUGGAGGUGCUUUCAGGGCGCAGAAACCAUUGGUUAACGCUACCCUGCAGAACGUCAAGUAUGAGAGCACUCGUUCCAUCAGUCCAAAGACGGUUUUCUCGGAGACUAACAGAUUUAUUAUAUGCUUGAAUUCUGACUCGGAAAGCGAGACGGAAACUAAUGUACCGAUGUCCAAUGUCGCUGUCAACUCGGAUGCCGGUGGGACGACGAAACGACCGCCUUUGAACAUCCCUACCUCGGAAUUCGAGAAGAGCGUCGACCAAUUUCUCAGAGACGUGAGGAAGAAGCAGGAAUCCGCUGCUGCUAGCAAAUCUCCGUCACAGGGAAAUUCUGUAGCCAGCCAGAAACAACCUUCGUUGAACACGACUGCACAAAAGCCUCAGCCUCCCACGCCAUCAGCAAGUGCGAAAUUACCCGCGAUUUCUGUUACACCUUUGGCGGUCCGUCACCUCCCUGCAUCGCAACAAGAGGAAUAUCGACGUUUAAAACAACAAAUAUUAGAGCGUGAAAAACAAAAGCUGCAACGGAUACUGGACACUAGUAGCAGUACAACUUCCGCCCAACAAAAUAACAAGAAUAACAACAGUCCGACGGGACCAUUGUCUCCAGCAAGUCCUGGGAUAAGUCCACCUUCUAAGCAAAUUCCGCCAUCAACUGUGUUGACUAACUCUACAUUAAUGAAAGAUCGUAGUAUAAAAGUCACCAGUACUGCAAUCAAUAUCGGUAAACGACAAGAACCUGAAGUAAGUGGUGCUGUUUCAAGCACUCCUGAAAUACCAGUUGAUAAGUCAAACCCUCUGGAUAAGUCCAAUAAUCUUCCGAGACCGUCAAUAAAUCCAGUGGCUGAAUUAUCGAAAACAAUUAAUCCUAGUCCAGGAGUUGCAACAUCUAAUACCGAAAUUCUAAAUAAUAAACUUCCUCAAGAGACAGUUGCGACAACGGAUACAUGUGGUGAUACUGAUAUUUCAAUGCAGUCUGAAACAACAAACAUAAUUGUUAAUUCCAAAUCCUUGACUACUAAGUCCAACGAUAAAGAAUUGAAUGAUACAGUCAUUCAAGAAUCAACCGAAAAACUUGUCGAUAAACCGAAUAAUUCGUUACUCAUCCCGAUGCAGUCUGUCUCUGUAACAUCAGAGAAGAUUUCUAUAUCGAAAACUGUUGAUGAAACGUUACGUUCUACGUCUUCAGAAUCGCCUAAACCGCCUCCAGAGUUGCCUAAAACGCCUCCAGAGACCUCUACCAAGAUAACCAACAAGAAUAAAUUAACAACGUUAGAUGUCCCGGAAACUGAAUCGCGGGUUGCAGAUAUGACCGCUGUUCAAGUACCUCGAGCUGAGACACCUAAAAUGGGAAAGGGCUUAUCGAUUUUAACUAAAGAUCAAGUUAACCGGAAAUUUGUACAGAUUCAGUUAAAACACGGUUGUGAAGGCAGAGUCGUAACGUUAGAAGAUAUGGAAACGAGCGUUGUCAACCUCGAAGAAGACCCUGUUUUGGGGAGCAAGAACUGCCGUAACGUCACGACUUCGGAGCCUGUAAAUACCGCUAAUAAAUCGAAAACGCGAAGUGUUUGGAUGAUAGUAAAUAAUAAUGAACCUGUAAAUAAUAGCGUGGAAAUUGUUAAUAAGGAUUUGUCGAGUAAUGCGUCGGUAGACGAUGAGGCGUCUACAUUACUCUUGCCAAAGGACGGCAAUCUUCCUGGAAGCAACGAAACUAUGGAUUCUACUGCUUCUACACUUGUACUGUCGCGAAAUUCGAGGACUAAUAGUACCGAAAGCCCUCGCAGUUCUAGGAGCGCUAGUUGCAAUUCUUCACCGGGCGGGUCUAAAACCAACAGCAGAGCGAAAAUGGAAGAUAUUUUGGAGAAAAUCAAAGCGGAUGUCGAGAAGGAGAUUAAAGGUAUUAGUCAGCUUCCAUUUGCUGACCAAGAGCGGCAACUAUUAGAGGCUGAGCACCAAUUGCUGAAGAAAAGGUACAUGGUCCUGGAUGACUUGACUGAAAUGUCUGGGAAUCUUCGCCUGUGGGAGAUGGAGAGAGACAUUCAAUUGGAUUUGCUGGCAGAAGUGAAUAAACUUCGCGAACAGCUUAAAGUUGUCGAGGAAAGGCUGCAGAUGCAAAAGAAACGCGUCUCCAGUAUGGGACCUAAAGUUGCAGAGGCUCAUGAGAAAAUAAAUUCUGGUCGAAAGGAAUGCUUCAGAUUGUCAAGAUUGUGUGCCGGGCUGGGCCAACGAGUUUGCGGCGAAACCUACAAGGUACCAACUGCGGGCGCAAGUUUGUUAAAUGAUAAAUUAAAGGAAGUUGCGAGUCAUACACGUCCAUUAUCAAGGAAAAGAAUUCCACCUAGUACUUCCAAUUCAGUGUCCCAGACAUUGCUAAGUAAUGAAGUUCGCAGACCUGAAAAGUCUAUACCAAAGGAAUCCAAAAGUAAUGGAAACACUGGGCAGAAGAUAAUGUCUAGUACUAACGAACAAAAGAGCUCAGUUGCAAGUGCACAGGGAAAGAGUUCGGAGGUACAAAAGCAAAGCGUGAACACUAAUGUGCAAAGAAAUAUUUCUUGUAAGAGUGUUCAGGAAAAGCUCUCAGCUAUAAGUGUGAAAAACAAUUCAAAUGCAAGUGUAAGAAAGAAUUUGAGCGAUAAUGUACAAAUAACAACGGCAGAAAAGAACUUAAUUUCAGGUGUAGAAAGAAACUCAAGUAAAAAUGUACAAAGUAAUAUAAAUAUUGAGUCACGGAACAGUCCGAAUGAGAAUGUAUCACAAAAUGUAGCAACAAAUGUGCCUACAGAUGUAAACGAAAAGCUAAAUGAGAACAAUAUUUCGAAAAAUAAGGAAAGUACCAUUCAAGGUAACUCCGAGGACCAUAGAACCGAAUUAGAACAAGUUACUACAGACACGUCUGUGCAGUUUAUUGUAAGUUCCGUACAAGAGAAAUCUCAUAAUGGAACGAGUUCCUCAAAUGAAAAGACCCCUCUGAAGCAAGUAAAUGUCUUCGACAAAACGAAUUCCCUUCAGGAAGUAAGUUCUGAGAUACGGCAAGAUAUUGAAGCGGAUAGAGAGUCGAAUUCUGUAAUAGAGAUAAAUCCCUCGAAUGAAACGAGCACACUUGCACACGAAAUUAAUUCCCUUAAAGAGCCAACUUGUACUAAAGAGUCACAUUUACAGGCAGUCAAUAGAAUUGAUUCUGCCGAAGAAACAUGUCCUUCGAGUGAAAUGAACUCUCAAAAACAAACCGAUAUUCCUAACGAAAGGAGUUCUGUCGAUAAUCCAAGUUCUACGGAACAGCCAAACUCUGAAACUCUUGAAAUAUCCGAUUCCGUUGAAGUUUUGAAUCCUGAAGAACGGCCACAUGCUGCUAUGGAGUCGAUUUCAGCCGAACAAAGUUGUGCCGAGAGUCAACAAACAAUUGUCAAGCAAUCUAUUCCUGUGAGGAAAUCCAGGUCUAUGAAACGAAUGAGUUUAGCGAAGAGACGCAACUCUAUCGUGGGAGAAAAUUGUUCCAAGGAAUCAAAUUCUGCCGUGCAAUUAAAUUCCCAUGAGAGCGUAAAUAGUCUUCCUACUGAUAGUCUUACACAAAACGCCUCCGUACAAAUAGUAGGACCGCCAACGAGUGCUCCUCGAUAUCACCAUAAAAAUCGCCAUGUACGCCUUCUUGAACCAAGCCAAGAUAUGCCGGAUCGUUCGUGCAAUCACAAAAAGAGUUUCGAGCCUUAUAAGUCGCUGUUAACAUCGUUUAGGGAGACAAGGAAACCUCUUCCCGACGGGAUUCUCUGCCCGUACGAAUUGAUGGGCACUUGCCGCGACGGAGAUUGCCCGUUUGUUCAUCACAAUGUCAGUCACGGCCAGUAGCAAUUUAGCUGCUGACAUGCACACAACAAACUUUGUAUACGUAAGGUACAUUUCUUCCGAAAAGCGAGAGAGCCGCUGAUGGGACGGCCACGCAUUGGAGGGCCAACUGCUACCGAAGAUGGUAAGUCAGUUUCCCAAACCGAGGACUUUAUUCCGGAGAAAGUUAGAAGCUCUUUUUUGAGACCCGUCGUUACGUAGCUAAGUUCGAUUAAAGUUUUGUUACCGCUUAUAUUUUAUUUCCGGUAUCCUCGACAGCUUUUGAGAUCGUUUUACCAGGUUUUAUUUAACAUGAAUGUAUAUAAAGUGCCGUGUAUUUCUCGAGUGUUUACGAUAUGUACAAAGAGAAGGAGAGAUUGUUGACCAAUCGCUCAAGGGAGACCUCGAGGAACUCCAAAUUCGGAUGUCGAAGACCCACAGGCCAUUGCGACGGAUAUUCGUUGCAUAUUUUACAUACCUCAUAAUUGUAACUCUUGUACCUGUGUAAUAAAAAUUAAAUUCUUUUCGUAAA